GUCACUUGGUAUUGAUACGAAUAUUCACAAUGACACACUGAAACUCUUUAACCAGCUGUAGGAUCCUAAAAAUUGCGUCUUAUUUCUUGGAAGAUAUCUUCGAAAGGUCUUUAGUGUUGAUCACAAUAAAAGUAUUAAACCUUAAUCCAAAGAUUAAUUGUUGCAAUGGCAUACGCCUACUUAUUUAAAUACAUCAUCAUUGGCGACACAGGUGUGGGCAAAUCCUGCUUGCUGCUACAGUUCACAGACAAGAGAUUCCAGCCUGUACAUGAUCUCACUAUUGGAGUAGAAUUUGGUGCCCGCAUGAUCACCAUAGAUGGGAAGCAGAUCAAACUACAGAUAUGGGACACUGCUGGACAAGAAGCCUUCAGGUCAAUCACCCGAUCUUACUACAGAGGUGCUGCAGGAGCCUUGCUGGUAUAUGAUAUCACUAGACGAGAUACAUUCAACCACCUGACAACUUGGCUCGAAGAUGCUCGCCAGCAUUCCAAUUCAAAUAUGGUGAUCAUGCUAAUUGGUAACAAGAGUGAUUUGGAGUCUCGGCGUGAAGUAAAGAAAGAAGAAGGAGAAGCAUUCGCUCGUGAACAUGGUUUGGUGUUUAUGGAGACUUCAGCAAAAACGGCAGCCAAUGUCGAGGAAGCCUUCAUUAACACUGCUAAAGAAAUCUAUGAGAAAAUUCAAGAAGGCGUCUUCGAUAUCAAUAAUGAGGCGAAUGGCAUCAAGAUUGGUCCGCAACACUCUAAUGCAGGUGCGGGAGGCGCGGGGGGCGCGGGUGCGGGUGGCGCGCCGCCGGGUGGGUGUUGUUAGGUGAUGAGCUGCACACGCUGAGCGAUUGCGGACUACCGACCGAUUAUGUCUGGACUGGGAGGGGUGCAGCUGUGUGCAACAAACUAUGGUACGAAACUUACUGCAUGCUGGAAUACUUAGUUAUAAUUUUAAUGCUACGGAAUAUGUUGCAUCUCAACUUGAUAUAAUAGCAAGUAGGCUCGUUGUCAGUAAGCCUAAAAUACUGUAAACAUUAAACAAAGUAAAGUAAUAUAAUUGUAAUUGAGGUAUACUGUAACAUACCAGCCGAAAGAGUAAUUAAAUUUUAUGUACAUGACUCCUUAAUAUUACGGUAACUUAAAUUUUUUAAAGCAUUGAACUUUUAACAAUUAUAAAACUAUUGAAGUCUUUUGUCUCUACGUUCGUUUACUCUGUAGUAGCAGUAAUGUCACAUGUCUAGCUAUUAUCAUGAAAGUUAGUCUUUAAGUUAAAUUCAUUAUGCAUAACCAGACAUAAAUGAGUAAAUGUAAGAUUGGACCAGGCGUGAAAUCAUUUUGAUGUGUAUUUUAUGUAUGUUAAUAAUAUAUUGUUCAUCAUUCAUUCAUGGAAAUAUAUAAAAUUUCUAAACUUGUAUACUUAUUAAUUUUUGCACUAUUUUAUAUCUCAAAUAAUAAUCGGGCAUUUAUUCCACUUUUACUGGUUAGAAUUUAAGACAAUGCUUUUAUAUAAUUUUAAAAGUACAAGCAACAUUUAGUAAACAAAAUGAGAACAAAAACAGUUCAAACUAAACCAACAUAUUAAAAAUAGUACUAUAGACACUUUACCAUAGCUGCCCCUAGACUGUUUUAUUUUAUAUCAAUUGAAUUUAAAACUUGUCAAAAUAAACGAUCGACAUUUUUACAUGAAAUACCAAAUUAAUAAAUAUUUUUAUCUUUGUUAAUAAAAAAUGUUUAUUUUAUUUUGUUAUAAUUUAUUAGCGUGUACUUUUUUAAAGCUUAUAACAGCUUGUCUGCAGGAGAAUUUCAUAUAUGAUAACAUAUUUAUUGACUGUCUUGAUAUAUUUAUAUAAGGAGAGGGAGGAGGCCUAGUGAAUAAAUUUGCACAAGUCGGGAGUGUAUCCAGAGAUGUUUCAUCUCAGUUUAAAAAUUCCCGAGAACGAAUUUGUGACCUACGAGGACUGCUCGCAAGAUAAUUGAAGACAUAAAAAACUAGGUUAUUUAAGUUUAGCACAUUGUAAUGAUGUAGUAAUAUUUUAUAAGAUUACAAUAUGCAAACACAUUUGUAAGGCAUAAUUCAUGAAGUAAAUGUUUAAAAAUUCA